GCAAUAUGUUCAAUUCGAUAUCAUAGGUAAAUUCCCAAGCAGCUUCCUCUUGCAUUAACAAUUACAAUGAGCCAAUGGCAUUGACACCAACAUAUAUAUAUAUAAUCAUCUCAAAACCUAACCGUUGAUGUUAACUGCUUUCGCCAAUCGGAGAGGUGGUUGUUGGUGUGUUUGUUGUGGUGCGCAAGGAAAGUUAUUACUGACAUAGUCUAAGUUGAGCUAUUUCUGGACUUUCACAGUGAUAGUCAGCGUUAAAUGGAUUAAAAAGGACUUAGGAUUGGGGAAAUAAGUCAACUAAAUCAAUUUUGUCUCUGAGUUCAUUUAGUCAGUCUCAAUAACCAAACGACAUAUUUUCAACUGUUAGUUCAUUGAAACUUCAUCUUUGACUUCUCUGUCUGCAUUUAUGGGGCUUGGUCUUAGUAUUUACUGGUCGAAGGUUAUGAAGUUCCCUGUACUGAAGCAAUAUAUUUAGAGCCACACAGUUUAGAGAACUUUAGACACAUCUCUGAAAGGUGGUUACUUGCACAAACACAACUACUUCUUGCUCAGCUCUCAAAUUACUUGUCCAUAUUUCUCAAAAUGAGAAGUCCAAGAUGCCACUUCGUAAUUCUUUUCAUUCAGUUUGUCUCCAUCAUUAGCUUUUACCACUGCGUAAUGCCAAUAAGAGGUGAAGAUAAUAAAACUAGUGUUGUAAAAGUGGACGUGGGAAUAAUUCUUGAUCUGGAAACAGAUGUGGCAAAAGUAAUGCACACGUGUAUUCUACUAGCACUUGAAGAUUACCGUGCCUCCGCUAAUCGCAGUGCCAUUAGAAUAGUCCCUCACUUGAGGAAUUCCAAGAAAGAUGAUGUUGAAGCAGCAUCCGCUGCCAUAUACUUGCUAAAGGAUGUCCAAGUGCAAGCUAUCUUUGGGCCACAAAUGUCUACACAAACUGAUUUUGUCAUUGACUUGGGGAACAGAGUAAAAGUCCCUGUCAUUUCUCCAGCAACAAGUCCUUCACUUUCAGUCAAGGAAAAUCCCUACUUCAUCAGAGGAGCACUUCCUUCUUCCAGCCAGACUAAAGCCAUUGCAGCAAUUGUUAAAUAUUACGAUUGGAGGGAGGUUGUAAUCAUCUACGAGGAUAGCCCCUUUGGAACCGGGAUACUUCCACAUCUGACUGAUGCCUUAUUGGAAGUCAACACUAAGGUCUCCUAUAGAAGUGUUAUUUCUCCUUCAGCAAAUGAUGAUCAAAUCCUCAAGGAGUUAUACAAUCUGAACACAAAGCAGACCAGGGUGUUUGUCGUGCACUUGCAACUGUAUCUUGCCUCACGCCUUUUCCUCAAGGCCAAAGAAGCCGGGAUGAUGAGCAGCGGAUAUGCAUGGAUCAUUACAGAUGUGCUAACGAGUCUUCUAGACUCGGUAGAUCAUUCAGUGAUUGAGUCAUCAAUGCAAGGUGUUCUUGGUAUAAAACCUUAUAUUCCAAGAUCAAAUGAGCUUAGCAAUUUCACAAAGAGAUGGAGAAAGAGAUUCCGUGAAGAGUAUCCAGACAUGGACCCAGUUGAACUCAAUGUUUUCGGGCUAUGGGCGUAUGAUAGCAUCACCACAUUAGCAAAAGCAAUAGCGGAAGUGGCAACUACUGCUAUCCCUAAAUUCAAGAAAGCAAACGCUAGAGAGAAUUUAACGGACUUAGAUGCACUUGGAACCUCAGAAUUGGGAUCUCUGCUACUCGACUCUAUGCAAAACACAGUGCUAAAAAGAGGACUUAGUGGUGAAUUCCGUAUCAUCGAAGGAGAAUUGCAGCCAUCCCCAUAUGUGAUUGUGAAUAUAAUUGGGAAAGGAGAGAGAAGCGUUGGAUUUUGGACAGAGAAGGAUGGCAUUUCUUAUAAACCGAAGAUGAACAGUAAAACGGCUAAGAGUAUUAAUGAGCCACUGGGAGCCAUCAUUUGGCCCGGUGAAUCUACUAUUGUUCCGAGAGGCUGGGAAAUACCCACAAGUGGGAAGAGAUUAACGUUUGGAGUUCCUGUCAAAGGAGGGCUGGAGCAAUUCAUUAAAGUGGAAAUAGAUGCCAAAACACAAGCAGUAACUGCAACUGGUUUCAUUCCAGAUGUCUUCAGGGAAGUCAUCCGAUCUUUGCCAUACGCCGUCCCUUACGACUUUAUUCCAUUCCCAAUAGAACAUAUCCCCACUUCUCAAGACUAUGAUGAUCUUGUUUACAAGAUCUCUUCGAAGGAAUAUGAUGCAGUUGUAGGUGAUGUGACCAUUUUAGCAACCCGAUCCAAGUAUGUGGAUUUCACAUUACCAUUUUCAGAGUCAGGUAUUUCUGUUGUUGUGCCGGUGAAGGAUGAUGAAAGGAGGAAUGCUUGGAUUUUCUUGAAACCUCUAAAGAGCGAGCUUUGGAUAACAACCGGAGCAUUCUUCGUCUUCAUUGGUUUUGUGGUUUGGGUACUCGAACACCGUGUAAACAAAGAGUUUCGAGGACCCAAACGCAAGCAAGUUGGGAUGAUAUUCUGGUUUUCCUUCUCAACUCUCGUUUUUGCUCAUAGGGAGAGGGUAACAAGUAACUUUACAAGAUUUGUGCUGAUUGUGUGGGUUUUCGUGGUUUUGGUGCUGACAUCAAGUUAUACUGCCAGCUUAACAUCUAUGUUAACAGUGCAACAGCUUCAACCUACUAUAACAGACCUCAAUGAUCUCAUCAAGACUGGAGAAUAUGUAGGGUUCCAAAAAGGUUCCUUCGUCAAAGACAUCUUGAAGCACAUGAAAUUUGACAGUUCCAAGUUCAGAAGUUAUAGCACAUUGGAAGAGUAUAAUGAUGCACUCUCAAGAGGAAGUAAAAAUGGAGGUGUUGGUGCAAUUGUUGAUGAACUACCUUAUCUCAGACUCUUCCUCAACAAGUACUGCAGGAAGUAUAUUAUGGUUGGUCCGACGUACAAGGCUGCUGGCUUUGGAUUCGCAUUUUCUAAAGGAUCUCCUUUGGUACCUGACAUCUCAAGAGCAGUCUUGCAGGUGAUGGAGGGAGAGCUUAUGAAUAAAAUAAUACAGAAAUGGUUUGGGAAUGAAACAGAUUGUCCACAGAAAGAUGUAAUGGCUAUAGCAUCUAGCCUCACGCUAGAUAGUUUUAAGGGCCUUUUCCUCAUAGCUGGUGUAUCAGCAGGCUCCGCUCUUCUCCUAUUCCUCCUCACCUUCCUUUAUCAUCAUAGAGAAAUCUUAGGCACUGAUGAUUCAUUAGCGCAAAAGCUUAAAGCAAUAGCAAAGGUCUUUGACGACGAGCAAGACAACUCUAAUACUAUGUCAGAAAAGCCAUCUGAAGGCAAUGAAAGCCAAACGGCUAAAUUGUUCGCAGGAAAUGAAUCUUCUACUGAAGUAUUGCCCGACCUUCCUUCACCAAAUCCAGAACUCACAACUUCCGACGGCCUAGGAGCAUCCCCUGCUGCUGAAGGGUUCUCCACAACAGAGCCUGGAACUCCAAUUCAUGAAACCAUUACAGGGACAAUCGAAGAGAGAUGAGCUAGGUUUAAUAUUUGCUUUUAGGAGGCGGCUCUAAGAAUUUAGACCUGAUGGUUUUAACCUUCAACUUCUUACAGUUGAAUCCCUUGCACUUUUGUAAUACGGCUUCAGAACUUAAAAUUUUUAUUGAAAGAUUACUAAGUUUUCACAUAUAUUUAUGUUC